ACCAAAUUCAUUCCCCUAUUUUUUUCUUAAUUAUAAAAUUAAUUAUUAAUUUAAUUCAAUUUUAAGAAUUUUAGUGCUACAUUCUGACACCAGACGGCGCUUCGGUAGAAAAAUUUUCAAAUGGCAAUUUAGGGAGAAUGCCCUUAAAUAACCUAAGUGAUAACAAAAGUGAAAUUUAAGUAUGAAGCGAGGUCCAUAUAAAUUAUAUUUAACCCCGGAGGGUGACGGCAUUUUACCUCGAUCAACUUUUUAUAGACAUUUGAAGAAAUUUCGCUCUGCUGUUACACUCGACAAUAGUCACGUUGGCAGUCAAAAUAUUUGCGAUCAAGAAACAAAAGCAAAUAAUCCAUUGAAUUUGGACGCAGUUCCCGAGCAUGGAAACUUAUCAUCAGAAACUGUGGAUAGAACUGAAGUUUCUUACAUUCACGAUCUAAACUUCGAACGUUCUUCAUCAAAUUCAUGGCUUUAUGAAGACUAUGAUGAUGAAUCAUUACUUGAAGAAAUUUGGUUUGAUGCUGAAGAUUUAUCGUUGACAGAUGAUUUCUAUGUGGAUUACAAUAAUGAACAUAAUCAGUACUUAUCCAGUAGCUCGCACGGUAGUUGA